UGCUCACGAGAAGCUGUCCCUGAUCAGAAGUACUGUGAAAGGCACAUAAACAGAGGUCGCCAUCGUUCAAGAAAGCCUGUGGAAGGUCAGAAUGGCCAUGCUGUCGCUGGAUCCACCAAUUCAAAGGUGGCAUCAGUCGCACCCUCCUCAUCAGCGAUGGUGAUAUCCAGCAGCGGCACAUCCAACAGCCUUGGUGCUGUUCAGCACCAGUUUAAUAGCUUGCAGCCCACUGCUGCCAAUCCUUCCACUGAGCAGCUUGUCAACAGAAUGCAAGAUCAUAAAGGUGUCUCUAUGAUAUCUCCAACAAUUGGUUUGAAGCCCAAGGACUCAGCUAUUUCGAUUCAAAAGCAACAUAAUGGAUUUGAACUGUCGUCGCUGUCAGAAUUUGGACUUGUCUCGUCAGAUUCCCUUCUCAAUCCUUCACAAAGAAGUUCCUUUGUAAAUCCUAAGAAUUCUAAUGCUUUCAUAGAUUUCAAUGACCAAGAACAAAGUGAACAACAUCCAGUUCACCAUUUCAUUGAUGGCUGGACUAAGGAACAGUCUUCACGUGCCUCUGCAUCUUGGCCCGAAGAACUAAAAUCAGACUGGACUCAACUGUCUAUGUCCAUUCCCAUGGCUGCCUCAGAUUUCUCAUCAUCAUCGAAUUCUCCUUGUCAAGAGAAGCUCGCUCUUUCACCCUUAAGGUUAUCUCGUGAUUUUGACCCGAUUCAAAUGGGCUUGGGAGUAACAAAUAGCCAUGGUAAACCUAUGCAAAAGACAGUUAAUUGGUUACCAGUAUCCUGGGAAAAUGCACUUGGUGGACCACUAGGCGAGGUCCUGAAUAGUACUGCUGGUAAUGCAGGAGAUGGCAAGAACUCUUCAGCUCUGAACCUGGCAACAGAGAUGUGGGAUACCAGCCCUCCAUUUGGAUCAUCUCCUAGGGGUGUCCUGCAGAAGUCAACCUUUGUUUCACUCUCAAACAGCAGCUCAGGAGGUAGUCCCCGAGCUGACAGCAAGAAGGUUCAUGAGGGUGCUGGCAUGUGCGAUGAGGUGAUCGGUUCAACACUGGCUGCUUCCUUGUGUAUUCCCUCGAUGUAAGUCCUGUCUGUUUUAUAAAAGACACUAGCGGUGUACUUGACUGAUCCAGAACAGUGGAUCAAAGUGCACUUUGAGAAAGUUGAUGAUGAUAAUCUCCCUAGUUUGCUGUUUAUCUUGUCUUGCUCGGCAUGUUUGUCAAAGCAGAUAUUUUCGACAAGUAUGUGUUGUAACUUUAUUUAACAGACCUUUGAUUUUCUCUUAUCCUUCCGGAGAACUCAACGUAUUUGUGAUUGUUACCUUGUUUUUUCCUGUAAACGAAUGUGGAACUCUCAUUUACUUGAGCUUUUCUUUAUUGGAUGUCACA